AAUUUAUCGAAAAUAGUGACCGGUCCGCUAGUGUACAGUGUACACAAACGAAAACAUCACGUGAUAUACACUGACGUCAGUUUGAUACAUUUAUGGUUGUGUGGUAUUGCUGGUGAACGCAAACAUCGCUCGAGAUAAUUGAUUGGCAGCUGCAGGACAAUGGAAUCUUUUGAAAUACUGUGCGGUAUUGCUGCCGUACUUCUCGCUGUUUAUUAUUAUUUUACAUCGACCUUCGAUUUUUGGAAGUCACGUGGCAUUCGCGGUCCACAACCAAUACCGAUUUUUGGUAAUUUUAAAGAUGUUAUGCUUAAUAAAAAAGCCACAGGUGAUUAUUUAAUGGAAAUAUACAACAAGUACAAAGAUGAAUCCAUGAUUGGAAUAUUCGCUAGGAAGACACCUGUUCUUAUUGUAAAAGAUCCAGAAUUCAUUAAGGAUAUUCUUAUCAAAGAUUUUAUCAAGUUUGCCGACAGAGGAAUUCCUAUUAGUGAAAAAGUUGACCCACUGUCGCAACAUCUUUUCGCUUUGGAGUCUAGAAGAUGGCGACCUUUAAGAGUAAAGCUGUCGCCCGUUUUUACGUCCGGCAAACUAAAGGAGAUGUUCUCUUUAAUAUCGGAAUGCGCUGAGCAUCUUGAACAAUACAUA